GGGGCUGUUGUCUGAGUGCAGUCCCCCCCAUCCUCUUGCAUCCCAUGUUGUCAUUGCUCUUUGGGUGAAAAUUCACUUGGGCUUGGCUCGGUUUGGGAGGGGGAUCUCAUUAAUUGUGCUUCCCGGGUCUCGGCUUGUCCCAUUACACCUUGCAGCACAAAGCAUCUGACAUGGGAUGAGUUUGCAGGUCCUCUACCCACCCUGUGCUCCCAUCCUGCCCCAUGCUGUCCCACCUCACCCAGGUUUGCAGCCAUGGGUUAAUCCACCCAAAUCCCACCGCGCUGAGCCCGUGCCCUGUUGUUUGCUGCCGUAAUCUGUUUUGAAAAGGCAGCCCCUGAUGCUGUUUUUUCCAAUUAGGCACAGGGAAAUGAUUCUGGUAAGGCAGUGGCUGGGCUAAUUCACCAGGCAGACAUUUCAUUGAAUUAGCCCAUGAGCUGCAGAGCAAAACCGGGAGAGCAGAGCCCGGGCUGGGGCAGGAUACACCAGCAAGGUUCAACAUGGUGCUCAUGGCAGAUAGCUGUGCUCUGCCCCAGCCCAGGACCUGCUCCCCAGCUCUUGUGGUAGCGCUUGACCCUUGUUGGAUGGCAGGAGUGAGCUGGGACACACAGGAUGAGGAAGGACGGGAGAUUCUCAGCUGGGCUGAGAGUGCUGGUGGCUGGCAAAAACCUCACCAUUGACUUGCAAACUCUGCAAAUCUCCUGUGGACGUCAUUGAAGGGGAAUAAAUAUAGAAGCCUGAGAUGCCACUCGUUCCCAGAGUCACUUUUCAGGCUGUACCUUUGCGGUGUGAGGCAACAUCAAUUAAAGAAAACGUAUCUCUGCAGCAAGCAGUUCUGCACGCUGGCCGAGGGUUGUACAAUAUGGCUGGGUUCCCUCCCUGUGCCUGCUCCUGUCCGUAGUGGGACAGUGUGACACCACUGCAUAGCAUCUCAGAUCACUUCCCAAAAGCCAGUGAGGGGAAGGGAAAGUAGCACAGCCUGGCUUAUAUAAAUCCUGAUUUUAUUCAGCAGGGUUUUGGACACCAUAGGGUCUCCAUGCUUGCCCUUUGGUCAUAGCCCCCUCUCCUGAGCUGCCCAGGAAGCUCAAGUGAGCAGAGAGAUCCAAGGCAUCUGCUCAGCGUGGGGUAUUUAAACAACUUCCAAUUCCCUUUUUAAGCCAGAGGAGAAAUGGGGCCGUGCCCAAGGGAAUUGGGCUUCUGGUUCCCCUUGCAGUUUUAUAGGCACAGAAUAGAAAUUAACUGCUAGGCUGCUGGUGAGCAGGAUUUUGAGGGGGGAGGAGAGUAGAAACUUUCUCCUCUCUGAAAGCAUCACCUCUAAAGAAACGAGGAAGGCAAUGCUUCUCUUCUUGUUUGUUUUAAUUUCUGCUUAUUUUUCUUUUUAACAGUCCCUAUUUUAAUAAGGAAGAGCCUUGCUCCUGAGCAGGGCCAGUGAAACACUGACCAAGGCAGCCUCAGAAAUGGAAAUUCCAGAUGUGGGGCACGUGGAAACCUGGCCCUCCUUGAGGCAGUGCUGAUCAGACAUGUGGCUCUCAGAGGUGACCAAAGAGUCCCCAGGGCCGGUCCCUCCCUGCCCAGAGUUGCUCUCCAAGGCUGCCUGCUCACUCCAAACCUUGGCCUAAUUGGAUGCGGCUCUCUGAGCUCUAAAUCAAAUCACAGCUCCCAUGAAAUGAAGUUUUCUGGAUGCGAAAGGCUGCUUGCAUCAUCCAUCACUGCCCAGCUCACAGCAGGUCCCUCUUGGGGGUCACUGAAGGUCAAUGUCUGCCUUUUCCAGCUGCCCACCAUCAGCUUUUCCCUGUUAAGGAUGGCACCUGGGGAGGUGAUAACUCCACUGAAGGCUCCCUGGUGUGUCCUCCCUGCGUCUCCAGUGCCUCUGGCUCUUGGCAGUGUUUCAGGGUGCUUUUUGGUAACAGGGUGUAGGAGCUGAGUGUGUUGGUCUCUAUUAUUAGCUCUACUGGCGUCUCCCUGUGGCCAUGCACCACUGCCUGUCCCAGCCGGCUGUCCCAGGGCCAGUGUGUCCGUAACGCCCUGCCUGUCAUUUUCCCAGGUAGGUGCCUGCAGGGUAGCAGGGGGGUGCUGGGGAGAGCCCGUUUCCCAGCAGCACCUAAAACAUCGGCUGCUUGCAUGGUGAUGCAUCUGCCUCCCCCAUAAUUAAUUUUAAAGAGGAAAAGGCAAAGUGCUGACUAAGCCAGGCCUUUGCCCUGUGAAGCUGCGUGAUUCACGAGCUGCUGAUGGCACAGACUUGUCCUGCAGAGUAUUUCUCUGAGGUCGGGAAAUGCCUCCUUUCCCUGCUCCAAAUUAAAGAAAACAAUCAUAUUUACCAUCAUUAUCAUCUGCAGGACCCAAAAAUAUUUUUGCACCCUGCAGGGUCCCGGGGGCACAUAGUGAGCCCCAUCCCCAUGGGACAUGGGGUGAAGCAGUGCUUCCUUCCCGCAGGUCCCAAAUCAAGACAAAUUCUCAGGAAGCAGGGAAACACAAGCAGGCGAAAGGGGCACUGUGAGGCCACCGCUAACCUCUCCCUCCACUGCUUACAGGUCUAACACCUCCGUUCCUGGAUAGUUUGAUGGAGAAUCGGUCGGAUGACAGCAGGAACUGUUGUUAUCACCGGGGGAAUCCUAGCGACAGUGAUCCUACUGUGCAUCAUUGCCGUGCUCUGCUACUGUAGGCUACAGUACUACUGCUGCAAGAAAGAUGACUCUGAUGAGGAAGAGGAGGAGGAGGAGGACGAAGAGGAAGAGCCAGACGUUCCCACACACUCGCACCUCGGCAUGUGCAACGCCUGCAGCUCCCACAUGGUGGACGGCCACGGAAGCCCUGCGCCCCCCCCCAGCGAGCUCAACCAGCACGGGGCUCACAACUACUGCCCGACCUGCUCCCCCUACGGCUCCCCCUUUUACAUCCGGACUGCCGACAUGGUGCGCAAUGGGGGCGAGAGGGUCACCUACACCCCUGCAUGCUACAAGGAGAUGGGGCCACCCAUCAACAUGGGCACCCUGCAGAGCUACCUGGUGAGCCGCCACAGCCUCCUCCGCGAGAGCUUCCCGAACCCACGGGCUAUCAGCACAGAGGUGUAGUCACCAUUGCCACUAGCACAGGGUGUUCCCAGCCGGCACCUGCUCGAGGGAAGGGGCUUUUCACUUGUCUUUGGAGGGGGGGUCCUGCAGAAAAGACCCCAUAAUUCCAGCCCGAGACCAGCAUGGUCCUCCUGCUGAACCGCCCAGUGCAGCUGAGGUUUUUGGGCAAGAAGACAAGAGAGACCUCAAAUGACGACAUUGAACCGGUCACCUCUGAACCCAUCAUAAGUGUCAUUAUUAUUCUACUCUAUCUCCUGAGGGGACUUGUCUAAUGAGGGCUAUGUACAGUACAACCUAAUUUAAUUACCCCAGGCUCCCCAACUCCCCAAGCCUAGAGUGAGGCAUUGGGUGUCCCCCCACGCAGCCACCCGAGGCGAUGUCCACCACCUCUAG